AUGGAAUGCAAUCUCUUUGAUUCUAGAGAACAAGAAGAAGGACAGAUCCCUGGACGAGGUAGUGAAGCGUAUGCCUUUGAAGAACCGCUUCCUCUACCAUGUCAUGGGCGACUCCAACAGAAAACAGCUCGCUCAGCACGCCAAACAACGUUCCAGGAUCACCGUGACGUCAGUCCAGACCGAUCCCUGGCUGAUGGAAGGCCAAAGCUCGAAUGUAGAGAACCUGAACUACUAAAACACAUCACCGCGUCUUUUGUUACAGUAGCUUUCUUGUUACAGUGUUUUCUUUUCGAUUUGAAUCAAUAA